UGCCGCUCUAAGCAAAAUCAACCUCAAGUGAUGAGCGUGUUCUUCGUUAGAUUGCGGAUAACUGAUAUCUGGGUUUUUUGUUUCAUAUCACUUCGCAGCGAGAAUUGGAGGGUUUGUAGGUGCUGAUAAUUGAGUCAGUCAGUCAGUCAGUCAGUCGGUUUGUUUGUGUGUGUGUGUGUGUAAUCUGAUUGAAGAUCAUUGUUUUAACUGCAUGCAUCUUUCGUCGCGACCGAAUAUGGGGGUUUACAGCGAUUGAACUUGACGACCUUGCAUGAUGUUUCGAAGCGAGAGUCCGCCCAAAGAGAGGGGGCGUGGCAAGGCCCACCUGGAAAGCAAUCUGAUUCGACGACGUGAACGUGACUUUAAACACCAGCAAAUGUGGAUUGGUGCGCAGGAUUACUACCGCAAAUGGGACAAAGUCAACAGCAAGUUCGACCAAUGGACGUCACCUCGAUACUACGCAGACAACAACAAGAUGCUGUCAGACCUCAGGCAUAAGCGGGAUAAGGAGGAGUUGCUCGUGAAACGGCGCGAUGCCCUCCGCAAGCUGUUCGACGAAGAAAACAGAUCGUUCCAAAUCGAGCUGACAGUGACAAAGAGUCUGCAUAAGCCGCGGGUCAAGGAGGUUUCCACUGAGACUCUGCGCGAUUUGAAUUGCGAAAUGAAGCAAAGAGCAGAAGAGAGGCGGAAGCGGGAGGCGGAAAUCAAACUGUACCACCAGUGGCGGACAAACAACCCGUUAAUCAGACAGUUCGAAAGCAAGUACAAACUCAAAGAUCUGAAACUGUCCUGGUUGGAUCAGCAAAUCGAGAAGCGGAUGCAAAAGGAAGCGGAAGAAAAGGAAUGCACUCGGCUCAUCAAAGAGCAGCAAGAGUCGAGAAGGCGGGCGAAGGAGAAAGAAGCCGAAUUGAAUCAACAGAGCGAGGAGAAGAAAUCGAGGCUGAAAGAGUGCCUGGACAAGCAAGUGGAAGACUUGAAGCAAAAGCAAAAAAUCAGUGACGAACUACGCGACAAAGAAGCUGCAGAACUGAAGCGGAAAAAUGAACUGUGGGAAUUGCAGGAAGCCACUAAACUCGAACAUCAAAGACGCCGGGCGAGAGAAACGGCGUUGUUCAACAUCAAGCAGCACAAACUUAAGUUGAAGCAAAAAGCCCAAGAUGUGCUGGAAGCGUUGGGACAUGACCAAGAACUGAUACUCCGGAUGAAGCGACUUGAGCUGGAACAUCUUAUGGAGGACGAAAAGAAACGGAUCGAAAUUAGACGCGACCUCGAAGAAUUCCUAAGCAUUGUGAGGCAACAACAAGACCUAGAGAAACAGCGACAGAAACAGUUUGACUUCCUUUUCGACUCCGAAGCCAAGAUCAUUCACGACAAGCAGAUGCAAAAGUGGAACAGCGAAGAAUUCGCCCGGAAAAAUCUGCUGAAAAGUGUUUUGGACGCUCUCAAUAAACAGGUGGAGGACAAACUUGCCAUCACGAAGCAAGUCCAAAGGGAGGUCCUUCAGGAACGCGAAGACAUGCUGGUCAAAGUCGAGCAGUACCACAGCGAUUUGCAACUCCUAAAGGAAGAGGACGCGAAGCGCAAGCAGGAGCGAAGACGAGACAUUGAAGAGGACAUUAAGGAGAAGAACGCCCACAAGAAACAGAAGGAGAAUGCAAAAAUGAAGCAAAUUGACGAGCAACUGCAGCGAGUUCGGCAAGAGGAGGAUCGGCUAUGUGAAGAAAUUAUGAAAAUCCAGGGCAAAUCUAAUGGGGGCCGAACUAAAGAGGGAAGGCACUUUUGUUGACCGACCGCCAUUUCCCCUCUAGGAACUUUAUUAUUUCUCUAGCGGCAAUAGUUCAAGUCCAAUUGACAUUAGACCAUUGCCCCUAGAGAAUAAUCACGUAAAACCAUUAAUUUUUGGCAUUAUCGGUUACUCUCUCGCAGUCAUAGCCCAAUAUUGAAAAGUAUUAGACUAUUGGCAGUAGAGGAGCAAUAGUAAAUGUGAACUCAGAAAUGUUUUUGAAGAAUAUAAGAAAAAGGUCA